AAUUCGCCGGCUAAUACAGAAUAUUUUGCGAAAAAAUACUGCUUUUGCAUGCUCAUCUUCCCAAAUUAUCUGUAGAAAUGACUGCAACCAAGCAGCAGGCGGAGAAAUCCGGAACUGCAGCUAAAGCUAAAGGUCCUGCGCCUACAUUGGAACAAAUUAACGCCGACAGAAUCACUCAGCUGGCCAACCAGUACUGGGCUCCAUAUGCUGCUGAAAAGAGGCUUCCAUUCAACUCCAAAGUCGUGGAUGAAAUUUAUUGCAAAGAGAUCAAAGAAUCAAACUUUGCUGUCAGAAGAAUUAUGAUGCUCGAGUUCAGUCAGUAUGUAGAAAACUUCCUGUGGCCAAACUUUGGACCAGACACCAAGAACCUGGCGCACCUCUUGUCGAUUGUCGUGAUGAUAAAUGAGAAGUUCAGAGAACGUGUUCCAGCCUGGGAGAGCUUCAAAACCAAGCCAGAGCAAUUUCCAGUCUUCUUCCGAGCCGUUCUUGAAGCUUGUUUAACUGAUACAGCCUCAUUGAAAGAGCAAACUGCGCUUCUUGUAUUUUUGAACCAUUGCUUCAACAGCAUGGAGGAAGAUUUGAUCAGAGACCAGGCCAAACGACUAGUUUCACUCUCGAUGUGGGUCUCCUUGCAGCCACACCGUCGGGAGCAUGAAUUGAAGCAGAAUUCCAAAUGGCGCAAAUACUGGAAGACGUUGCAGAAAAAGGAAAGUGAAGAACAGCGUCGGGCUCAGCAGUGGGAGCGCACCUUCCUGCACAACCUAAUGGCCAGAUUCAUCCGUCUGCUUGACACAAUUCCUGAGUCUGGGAAUGUGUCUGAGGAUAAGAUCCACUACUGCGAGCGAUUCCUGGAGCUAAUGAUUGACCUUGAGGCACUGCUGCCCACCCGACGCUUUUUCAACACGGUUAUGGACGACUGUCAUCUGGUCACCAGGUGCAAAUUGUCCAACUUGUCCAAGCGUGAGGAUGGUCAGCUCUUCUCGCAGCUUUUGGAGAUGCUGGAGUUUUAUGCCAACUUUGAAAUAAACGAUGAAACUGGAGAUCCUCUCACAGACCAUGAUAUGACUCAACUCCACUAUUCAAGAAUCACUUCGUUGCAGAAAGCUGCUUUUGCGAAAUUCCCUGAGCUCCGAGAUUUUGCUCUCUCUAAUGUAGGAACCGUGGACACAAGAGAGGCACUACUGAAGCAUUUCAAUCCCCUAGAUGAAAACAUGCUUCAACAAAUCGCUUGCCAUUUGAAUUUGACCCCCUUGAAGAUGACGAAUGAUAAUGACUGGAUGCGACUGGACCAAAAGUUUCUUCUAGAAUUGCUUGUCUCUAGAAAUGAAAGACGCUCAUCUCAACUCCAAGCCCUCAAUGAAAUGCCCCUCUAUCCAACUGAAGAUGUUAUCUGGAAUGAGAAUAUUGUACCAACCGAGUACUUCUCUGGUGAAGGUUGCUUGGCGUUGCCUAAGCUCAACUUGCAGUUUCUGACUCUGCACGAUUAUUUACUGAGGAACUUUAACUUGUUUCGUCUUGAGUCAACUUAUGAGAUAAGGCAAGACAUUGAGGAUGCUGUAACAAGACUAAGCCCAUGGCAAUCAGAAGAUGCUGGUGUGUAUUUUGGAGGUUGGGCUCGAAUGGCACAACCCAUCACUGGCUUCACCAUUGUAGAGGUCGCCAGACCAAAUAUUGGUGAAAAACGCCCUGCAAGAGUGAGAGCUGAUGUGUCUGUCCACUUGAAUGUUCGGAGGGAAAUCAAGAAUGAGUGGGAAAACCUACGAAAGCAUGAUGCCUGCUUCUUAAUCUGCGUACAGCCCACAAAUACCAUUGGUACUAAAAUCACGCACACACAACCCUUCAUCCCACAAGUAGGUCUGAGGUAUGUAAGAGGAUGCGAAAUUGAAGGCAUGCUGGACGAGAAUGGCCGCAUCAUUGAAGAUGGCCCUGACCCAAAACCUGAGCUGCAAGGAGAUAGGCGGACCUUCAGAGUUUGGCUCGACUGCAAUCAGUACAGAGCUGACACGGAUGUGUCCAAUGAUAGUGAGGAGGAUGUGUACCAGAGCUUCAAUAUUCUGAUGAGAAGGAAACCCAAGGAAAAUAAUUUCAAGGCUGUCUUGGAGACCAUUCGGGAGCUGAUGAACACAGAGUGCGUUGUCCCGGACUGGCUGCACGACAUUAUCCUUGGCUAUGGUGACCCUGGCGCUGCUCACUACUCUCGAAUGCCAAAUGAAAUUCCCACUCUGGAUUUUAAUGAUACAUUCCUUGACAUGGAUCAUCUAAGAUCCAGCUUUCCUGGAUACACUAUCAAAGUUGGCACAGAUGACCCCAAGAAACUCGUUCCACCGUUCAGAAUCACUUUUGAAGAUGCAGUGCACAAAAAGGAAGCGAUUGCGAAUGACGAAGAGCCACCAAAGAGGGAAAAUCUAAUUACUGUCGAGCCACACAGGAUUCCGAACAGAGGCCCGUACCCUUCGAGCUUUGUCAAAAAGAACGCCAUUCCAUUCACUGCGACUCAGGUAGAAGCUAUCAAAUCAGGCAUGCAGCCUGGUUUGACUAUGGUGGUUGGACCGCCUGGUACUGGCAAAACAGAUGUUGCCGUGCAGAUCAUUUCCAACAUCUACCACAACUUUCCAUCACAACGCACUCUCAUUGUGACUCACUCUAACCAGGCAUUGAACCAGCUUUUCGAGAAAAUCAUGGCCCUCGAUAUUGAUGAAAGACAUCUCUUGCGUCUGGGUCACGGUGAAGAAGCCUUAGAAACCGAAAAAGAUUUCAGCAGGUAUGGCCGAGUGAAUUACGUUCUGGCAAAGCGAUUGGAACUGCUAAAAGAGGUGCAAAAGCUGCAAGAGAGCUUGAGCGUGCCUGGCGAUGUGGCUUACACAUGCGAAACAGCUGGCUACUUCUUCCUUUACCAUGUUCUGGCCCGAUGGGAAGAGUUUUUGAGCAAGGUCAAGCACACAGAUGGAAAGGUUGUUGCUGUUACGGCUGUCAUGGAGGAAUUCCCCUUCACUCGAUUCUUCCAAGAUGUGCCAAACCUGUUCAAGGGAGAGUCGCACGAGGAAGACAUGGAAAUCGCAGAGGGAUGCUUCAGAUACAUUGAAAAGAUUUUCACCCAACUCGACGAAUUCCGUGCUUUUGAACUUCUCAGGAGCGGACUUGACAGAUCAAAGUACUUGCUCGUGAAGGAAGCGAAAAUCAUUGCAAUGACAUGUACACAUGCUGCUCUCAAAAGAAAGGAACUGGUAGAUUUAGGGUUCAAAUACGACAAUAUUCUGAUGGAGGAAUCUGCGCAAAUUUUGGAAAUUGAGACCUUCAUUCCCUUGCUGCUACAAAAUCCUGCUGAUGGAUUCAGUCGCCUGAAACGUUGGAUCAUGAUUGGUGAUCACCACCAACUGCCACCUGUCAUCAAAAACAUGGCUUUCCAAAAAUAUUCUAAUAUGGAGCAGUCCCUCUUCACCAGGAUCGUCAGACUGGGCGUGCCAACUGUGGAUCUCGAUGGUCAGGGUCGCUCUAGGCCCAGCAUUUGCAAUCUGUACAACUGGCGGUACAAAAAGCUAGGAAACCUUCCUCACGUCAUCAAUUCCAAAGAGUACAAGCUUGCAAAUCCAGGAUUUUACUAUGAUUUCCAACUUAUCAACGUUGACAAUUUUAACGGAGUUGGGGAGUCUGAGCCAAGCCCAUAUUUUUACCAGAACUUGGCAGAAGCGGAAUAUGUGGUUGCGACUUACAUGUACAUGCGCUUGAUUGGAUACCCAGCUGAAAAAAUCUCUAUCCUUACAACGUACAAUGGCCAGAAACACUUAAUCAGGGACGUUAUCAACAUCAGAUGUGCUGACAAUCCUCUGAUCGGCCGUCCUUUCAAGGUGACAACUGUGGACAAGUACCAGGGCCAGCAGAAUGAUUACAUUUUGCUAUCUCUUGUGAGAACCAAAGCCGUUGGUCACUUGCGAGAUGUUCGGCGAAUGGUGGUAGCAAUGUCUCGUGCUCGACUAGGUCUCUACGUAUUUGCUAGGGUGUCUCUGUUCAGGAACUGCUUCGAACUGGCUCCAGCAUUUAAACAACUCAUGGGAAGACCUCAACAAUUGUACCUGGCCCCACAGGAGACCUACACCACUGAGCGACCAGCAGACCAGCAACCUGAGGGAUCAGCUCAGUUGGCUGAAGACAUGCCACAAAUGGCUUCAUUUGUGUAUGAUUUCUAUAUUCACAAGGUGCAGCAGUUGAAAACUGCCAUGCAGGAGUCCCAAAAGGAGUGGCAGAAACCAGGAACCCUCACCGGACACACACCAGACCACUUUGUUCCUGCUCACCCUGGUGGAGAGUCCGACAGUGAGGAAGAGCCUGUUGAGGAGGAUAAGGAAGAAGCAGAGAGCAGAAAGAGAAAAAUUGAUGAGGAUUUGUUGCCCACAAAGAAAGCUGCCAAGGUUGCUGAGGAUGAGGUUGAUACAGAUGAUGAGAUGGCUGCCACUGAAAGCAAGCCUGCGGAAGAUGACUCGGAUUGAAAUGUGGUUUACACCUUUUUACAAAUAAAUUUAACUUUCAAUAUUUAA